GCAGUGACACGUCAGCAGUGCCCCGCCACCAUGACGGUCUCAGCUUUGGGAAUGCCAGGCCAACGGGCGAACGAGACCAUUGCCGAGUACCGACAGCGGUUCCAAGCCCAGCUCGUGCUGAUCGAGGCUGAGGAACAGCGCCAGGCGGCAGCCGAGGCUGCCCGCCGACAGGCUGAAGCGGAGGCAUCCUCUGAGAAGCAGCAGCUUCAGGCCGAAGCUGACGCAGAUACCCCGGCCCGCCACAAGGAGGCCCAGGAGCUACUGCAAUGGCAUGAAGCCGCCAACGUCGACAAGCGCAGGUUCUGGCAUUUUGAACCAUCCGAGAGCCAUGUGGACGCCACACCGGAGGAGCAGCACAAGGAGUUCUUCUCCAAUCUCGUGACCUGGUUGGUUUACACUUGUAACCACCUGCAGUCCGAGCUGGAGAAUCUUCGACGGGCGGUACGGAACCACAUUUUCUGCACGAGGAUGCUGCACGGGCACUUCCUUCCCAUGUACAAGACUUGGAGCAAGCUGCACCAAGACCUGAUGCUGUAUCAGGACUUGCUGACUCAAGCCCGCAUCAACAUGGAAAAGGCUCAAGUCUGCAUGCAGCAGCAAGCCAAUCGGCGUCGCGUACCAUGUCCUAUCCGCGCCGGCGACCGAGUUUGGGUCUCUGCGGAAGGGUUUGCGCUCGAGCAGGAUGUUUCACGCAUGCUACUUCCCAAGUGGUUUCGACCAUGGACCGUCCUUUCAGCAGCAGGCAAUGAGCCCAACGGCCCAUCCUUUCUGAUUGACAUCCCUCCGCAUUUGCCGGUCCAUUUAGUCUUUCACGCUUCAAAGCUGGCGACAUACACACCACCCAAGGACAAGGACUUCCCAAGCCGACGAUCGCAAGACCCUCGAUCCAUGGAUGGCCACGUCACCACGGAUCGCAAGUACAGCAGCAGCAGCAAGCCGCGACAGUACAAGGUUACCUUCAAGGCAUGUGAUUCCGAUGACACUCGAUGGAUUUCAGGAGCAGAUUUGAAAGCAUCCGCACCGAUGAUCUACGCUCACUACAAACGAAAAUGAGAAGCGGAACAGGACACGGGAACUGUGUGCCCCGAUGUCUACGUCAUCCGUUCCCGCCGUCCCAGCCACUUGCGACACGUGGCACGACAUGAUGAUAAUGAUGACGAUGGUGAUGAUCCCGGUGAUGGUGACGAUCACGGUGGUGAUGUUGAUCUGGACGAUGAUGUCGCUGAUGAUGAUGACGAUGUUGAUGACGAUGAUGAUGUUGAUGAUGGUGUUGGUGAUGAUGAUGAUGGUGAUGAUGACGAUGGUGAUGAUGACGAUGAUGAUGAUGACGAUGAUGACGACGAUGAUGAUGAUGUUGAUGAUGACGAUGACAACGAAGAUGACGAUGGUGGUGAUUUUGAUGACGGUGACGAUGUCGCUGAUGAUGAUGAUGUUGUUGAUGACAUUGAUGAUGUUGAUGAUGAUGUCGAUGAUGAUGACGAUGUUGAUGACGUUGACGAUGUUGAUGAUGAUGUUGUUGAUGACGAUGAUGAUGUUGAUGAAGACGAUGAUGAUCACGAUGACAAUGAUGGUGAUGAUGAUGAUGAUGAUGAUGAUGAUGAUGAUGAUGAUGAUGACGAUGAUGAUGGUGGCGACGAUGAUGGUGAUGAUGGAGGUGAUGAUGAUGAUGAUGAUGGCAGGCAAGAAUCAUGGGGCCGCUCGCGAGGAAAGAACGAGUGGGAAUCAGAAGGGGACACAGAAACCAUGUGGCCCAAUAUCACUGACAUCCUUUCCCUCCGUCCCCGCAACUUGAAACAGGUGGCGCGACGCGGCCGCUCCCAUGGGCCGGCAAACAUGCAUGACGCCCGACACGUGGGCAGGCAGAACAACACUCUACCUUGAAGAGGGCACAACGCACACGAUGGCGCAACCCUUUGACGGGUCGCAGUUCUUCGACGUGGCGCAGUUCUUCGA